AUGGCAGAUGAGUUUGAGAUAAAAGAUCUCGGUACCUUACGAUAUUUUCUAAGAAUGGAGGUAGCAAGAUCAGUAGAAGGGAUCUCAGUGUCUCAGAGGAAAUACACACUCAAUUUGUUGAAAGAAACUGGAAUGACAGGGUGUAAACCUGCAGAUACACCUGUAGAAGCCAACCUCAAUCUGAUAGAGUCAGCAGAUGAUGUUCUUGUAAACAAAGAAAGAUAUCAACGGCUUAUGGGGAAACUGAUAUAUCUGUCACAUACCAGACCUGAUAUAUCAUAUGCAGUUAGCUUGGUCAGUCCGUUCAUGCAGGCUCCAUGUGAAAGACACAUGGAGGCAGUCACACGGAUCCUGAGGUAUCUGAAGUCUUCUCUUGGAAAGGGCUUGGUUUUCAGAAAGCAUGAUAAAAGGUGUAUCAAGGCCUACACAGAUUCUGACUGGGCCGGUUCUGUUACAGAUAGAAAAUCUAUCUCAGGAUACUGUACCUUUGUGUGGGGAAACUUAGUUACUUGGAGAAGUAAGAAGCAAGGCGUCGUGGCUAGAAGCAGUGCCGAAGCCGAAUAUAGGGCAAUGAACUUGGGUAUAUGUGAAGAGAUUUGGUUGAAGAAGGUUUUGGUAGAUCUACAUCAAGAAAGUCAUGACUCGAUGGGACUUUACUGCGAUAACAAGGCUGCCAUUAAUAUUGCACACAAUCCGGUUCAGCAUGAUAGAACCAAACACGUUGAGAUUGACUGA